AUGGCCCAAGUUGUAACUUUACCGCCUCCAGGCCCCAUACAUAGGCCACCUAGAGACUUUCUUAAAGAAAACAUGGAAGAAAUAAGGGAAUUAAGUGAGCUAAAUCGUGAAAAAAAUGAAGCUGAAGCUGAAAAAAGGAAGCAAGAUGAAGAAAUAGCUUUACUAAAAGAGAUGGGAAUAUUAGAUAAAAAAGGAGAACUCAAAAGUACUGUUAAUUCUAGAACAAACUCUCGUAGCAAUUCGCCAAGUAAAGUAAAUUUUCGGUCACGUUCAAACUCUCCGUCAGCUAUUUUAAUUUACGAAAAUAUGCCUGGUAGUACUGAAAACUUAAAUAAGGAAGAAGGAUUUUCUAAGCCUGUGGCGCACCGAUCCCGCUUAAGAUCCGUGUCUAAAUCUCAACCUGAAUCGAAUAAUGUAUCGCCAAAGCAUUCGAAAAUACCGAAACGUCAAGGUUCUGUUUCGCCAACAAGAACUAAUUCAAGACAAUCGUUAGAAAGAAAUUUAAACCGUAACCAGAGGUACAUGUCUAACAGCACGAGCAGCAUUCAUGAAACUAUAAGAAUAGGAAGUCAAGUUCAUGAUAAAAGGGCAAGUCAAAGUACUCAACAUUUAAGUGUUUCUCCGCAUAUAAAAGGUAAGCCUCCUAUAUCUCCAGGAAAAACUGGACCACCGCCUUCCAAUAAAUUCAUAAAUCCUAAAAGACUAUCACCUAUAGUUGGGACCCCUAAUAAAAGUCCCGUUGAAGAUCCAAAAAUUGGAUUAGCUAGAACACCAACAAAACCAACAACAGCUGCGAGAAAACCCACAAAGACUGCUGGAAUUACACCUGCUACAUCUAGAUUAAAUUCUAGACCCCCUAGCAGAGCGGCAAGUAGAGACCCAAGUCCUGAAAAACGUAAGCCUGCUGCUAAAACUACGGCCAAACCUGUUAAUGGUGUUUCGAGAACUACCGCUAGAACACCAAAUACCAAAACUACUCAAAAACCUCCUGUGUCAAAUAAAACGGAACCAAAAAAACCUGUUAGUAGAACAAAUAGUGUCAAGAAUCUUAGUAGAACUCCAAGCACAAAAACUUUAAACGAGAAACCUCCAUUAAGCAGACAAAUAAGCAAAAAAGAUCUUUCUGAAAAGUCUAAAUCAACAUCAAAACUUAACGAAGUGGCAGCUAAGAAAACUAAUAUAGAAAAAAAUGUAGCCAAAAAAGAAGACGGUGCAAAAAUUACAAGCGUUGUUAAGAAAAAAGAGAAGGAAGAAGAAAAUAAAGUAGACGCCAACGUCGGAGAUGAAAUCAUAAAACACGACAAUGAGACUCAAUAUGACAAAGCUAAAAAUGAAACAGAGGACCUUGUUAUUCUGACUAAAAAAAAUGUUGUUUCUAUGACAACAGCAGCAAUUACAUCGCAGCCUUUAGAAGUUGUAGCCACAGUUACUAAUCAAUUACCUGCAGCUCUAGAAAAAGCAAGAGAGAAAAGAAUUUCUGAAAGAAUGAGUUCCGAUUCCUUAUUAGGUAAAGAAGAUGAAAAAGAGAUAAAAUCUGUAGAAGAAGAAAAGAAACCAGUUAAAACAAAAAAUCAUGAACGCACAAUUUUUACAGAAGAUCAUAUACGAUUAAGGCUUUUACAACCUCCCUAUAAUAAUCCCCAAGUUGAAAAGGUUAAACAAAAAAUAGAUUGUAUUUUAAAAGAGCCAGAAAUUUCAACAGAAAAUAUAUUAGCAGCGGCCAAAGCUAAAGAAGCUACAAAAACUAUAGCUGAAAAAGCUAAGUCCGUCGCAAAAGAGGCUGCAAGCGAAGUUACCGACAUGGAAAUAGAAAAGAAAGAUAAAAUAAUCAAAGAAGGAGAAGAAAUGAGUUCAAAAAUUCGAUCAGAGGCGACAAAAAUAAUCGAUAGCAUAAUGACUCCAAUAGAAGAACCAAAAGAAAUUCAAAGGCCAAGAAUAGACACCAAGAAAACUAUAGAGCCUAUAGUGACUGUUGUUAGUGAAAAGAAAAUGGCAUCCAAAAGUGAUAUUGAACAGAUAAAUGAGACUUUAGUGCAAGGUGGACCAGAAGUCGAAGUGCAAAGUUCAAAUUUGUCGACGCCUGGUGUAGAAAAAGCUACAUUGCUGAGUAAAUCGACCAAAGGCAGUGCAUCCGACAAAUCACAUAGUAACGGCGGGUUUCCACAAAGUACCGGUACUACACCAAAACCACCUCCAAGAACUAAUCGCGAUCAAAAGUCUAAGAGUCAGAGUCCACCUGAGGCUCCAAAAACUGAGCAAGCACCCGCAAAACCGAAUAUUUGUUCACGAUUGAUGGACAAAUGCAAAACGAAAUGCUGUUCCUGCUGCACGAAGCCUCAAGAGGAAGAACGAGAAGCCUCGAAAGAACCUGAACAGAGCACAGAAGAUCAAAUCGACACAGAACCAGCAGAAAAGCAAAAGUUUUGGGAAAACAUGAGCUGCUUUAAAAAGAAAGUUCCAGAAGAGGAUGUAGAAAUUGCUGCUGGGAAAGGAACGACAAUAGAAUUCGAAACAGAAACGAAACGUAAACGUAAAUUGCGAGAUAUAUUGUGUGCGUACUGUCGUCGCCGCAAAGUCAGUGAUAUCGAACCGCCUCAUCAUGCUGAACCAUCACCACCUGUGAUGACAGAAGAUGUAGUCAAGGAAACUGGAUGCUGUGGAAAAAAGAAGGAAAUUGAGAGACGCGACAGUAUACUGAGUGACCAAACACCAACUGUUUGCUGCAACAACCGCUUCGGCCGAUGGAUACGAGGCGCGUGUCGACGACAAUCAGAGCAAUCUUCGAGUAGAAGAACCAGCCUGUUUUCCAAGAAUAAGAGUCUCUCUCCUACUUUACCACCUGAGGAUACGCGCAAGAAAUUAGACCCGUCUUUGAUAGAGCAUACGAGUGUUAUGCGAGGCGCCAUACCAGUGCUGCCAGCGGUUCUUGCUUACUUCUGUCUAUUCUGCAACAUCAUCGUACCGGGACUUGGCACAAUCUUCAGUGGCAUGUUCUGUCUGUGUUUCGGGAUACCUCGCUUCGGUGUGCACGACGGAGCUAAACAUAGGAUAGGCUCUUUUAUAAUCAACCUUUUAGUUGGCUGCGGACAGCUAUUCACGGUACUGUUCUGUCUCGUUGGCUGGGGGUGGUCUAUUUGGUGGGGAGUCAUCAUGGUGAAGACAUCACGUAAAUACUAUAAGCUAAAAGCCGAAGCCGCGGCGGAGGAAGCGGACGCGCCUCCCGUCACUUCUAACAAUCACACACGCGCG